AGUGUGCGAAGUGUCGAGGCGAGCGGAAGUACGCUCCGUCUGCCGGGUUUUCUUUGCUGACAGGCUAUUUUCUUAUAUAGUAUAUUGCACUGCUAAGCACACAAACAUAUACGCGCACAUACACACCUGUACACAAAUCGAGCGGGCAAAAUGUUGGAGCACGCGCGCGCAAAACUCGAACUAAAGCAAAACGAAUCGAAAAGGGCUUCAAAAUCCACGUGAAACGGUGCAAAAGCAAUUGGGAAAAAAAGAUUUCAAAUCGAAUCAAAUUUUGUCGAAAUUAAAGUGGAGUUUUCUUUCUUUCUGGAGGAAAAAUCAAUGCUGUUAAACGUAAACUGACGACGCGCAGAUACACACGCACACGAAUCGCACACGUGUGUCUCCAGCACAAACAUUACGAGACACACACGCACACGGACAAUCGGCGAAAGCCUAACAAAGUGAAUGUAACGGAAUUAGCCACCGAAAAGGCGAGGGAGGGAACGCAACCAAAGUGCAUAGGAAAGGAGCAAAGGAGCUGAAAUAAAUCCUCUUACAUUUUGCAUUGCCUACUUUCCAGCUGAGGGAACCACAUUCUUAGACUGAAUUCCUCUGCUGCUGCUGAUGGCCGAGUCCUCUGUGCUAGUGAGUACUCACUCUGUGACUGUGUGUGCGUGCUUCUUUAGCUGUUUCCAAAAGUCGGUCAUACUAAAAAAAACACAAACAGCGAAGGGGGGCGGAACUAAAGAAAGCAGGGCAAAGGCAUGCAACGUAAACAGGCGGCAAAAGCAGCCGCCGACGAUGUAGCUCCAGCAGCAGCAGCAGGAGCAGCAGUGGCAGUGCCAGCCUGAACAAAGAUAAACACGCAAAACAAAUCAAAGUGGGUCAGUGUGCGAGGAGGAGGAGGAGGAGGAGGCGGUGCAACACCAGCAGCAUCUUGAGGAGGCAUCGACAUGUGUCGAUGGACAAACAGCAGUACGCGGCACACCACACUCGAAGGCUCAAAGGCAGACAAAAGGCUUUGCAGUUGACUUGAAGCUCGUGGAAUACGCUUUUUUUUUGGAGAACAGACAAUGGCGUCCAGCAACAAAAGCAACAAAAGAUACAAAAGCACAGCCGGGAGAAACUUCGGCUGCAGCUGCCUUAGAAGCAGAAACACAAAAGUGGGCGAAGAAGUUGCCAGAACCGACGCCGGAUCGAACCAAGGACAACAGCAACAACAACAAAUCUAAUUACGGAACAACGAUAAGGUCAAACAUGGAUGUUGUCCAAGGGAUGUUAAAGUUGAUGAUGGUGGUGAUGGGCCCGCUCCCCUUUGUGCGUCCUGACGGAAAUGAGGCCUUAUGUGUCGCCCAGUCAAUGCCCGCUUCGGUGACCGAGUGAGCGAAUAACAGGCGAAACUCCGAUUACAAAUUCUCCGGCAAUCUGGAAUAUAAUUAAAGAGCAAAACAAGCCAGAACACGAGCUAGCGAGAGAGUCCGAGAGGAAAACAGUCCAAGUAGGGCGAUAGCCAAAGAGUCGUAGCGGCGGGUGGGCCAUAAAUCCAUGCCCGCAUCCUUGCUGCAUGCUGCUUGUCAGCUGCAAUUGAGUGGAGCGCCGGCACUGGCCAAUUAGUUGCUGCAGUUACAGCCAAGAGCGGCUAUCAUUUGGGUUCCAUUGAACGUACUCCCGGUACACCGCUGCCUCACUGAUGACUGCGGCCAAAAGACGUGCGGGCAGCAGCAGCAACGAGCAGCAAUCCCUUCAGCAGCAGCAGCAGCCACAGCAUCUGCCACGGCAAGAUGGGCAUCAGCAGGGGCAGGGCCACCACGAGUACCAGCAGUUGCUGCACCAUCCCCACCACCAUCAGCACUACGGCGUCGGGGGUGGCAACCACCCACAGCAAUACCACCAGAGACAGCAUCCGCAGCAGCACCAGCAGCAGCAGCAGCAGAGCUCGCAUCCACAGCAUCCUCAUCAGAACACGAAUCCUCACCUGUGACAUCCUAUGGCUACCGAAAUCGGCGAUGCGACCGGCGGGACCUGAUGCCUCGCACACGGACUGCAUCCUGGUGGUGGGCGUCUCCCGUCCAAAGCUGGCCGUCGUGUUCCUCACGGUCAUGCUGAUCUCGCUGUUCCUAACCUUCCACGUGCUCUACGACAGUGCCGUGUACAACUUCCAAGCCGCUCAGGCAGUGCACGAAAGGCAUCGCCUCUCGCUGGCAGCCUCCGCCUCCGCAUCAGCCCUGUCCGGAUCUUCAGCUGCAAGUGGUUCCUCUUCAUCCUCGUCCUUCUCCUCCUUCUCAUCGUCAUCCAAUCAUUUGCCUGCUUUUGUGAAGCCAGUGCCCAACGCGAAUCAGCUUAGCCAUCCCAUGGUCUUUCCCUCCAGUCGGGUGCACUUUCCCAAAACGAGUCGGCGUCUGCCGCAGGUGCCGGAACGAGUGCGGGCCAUGAACGCGAGCAUCAAGCUGCUGCUGAUUGUCCGCGAGCCAGUGACCAGGGCCAUCUCGGACUACACCCAGCUCCGCAGCCAUGCGGCCACUGCCAUCCUGCCGCUGGCCGAGCGGGAGAGCUCAGGCAGUGGCGCCUCCGCGGCAGCCGCCCAGCCUCCCAAGAUGCCAUCACAGUCGCUGCUGUAUGCUAAGCUGCAGGCGGCCCAUGGCUAUGACAAUGCCCUGGUCGGUGGCAGUGGGGCGGGCGCCAAGGAGACAAAGGCAAAGUUAAGCGUUGCCGGCAGGCGUCCGGCAGGAGCUGGAGUUGGAGCUGGCGGAACGACAACCACGACAACACCAUCGCCGAUGGCAAGUGCCGCCCAACUGGCAGCCAAGUCCUUUGAGGAGCUGGCCAUAUUUCCCAAUGGCACCGUUAUCGAGGCUUAUCGACCGCUCAGCAUAUCAAUGUACCAUGUCCAUCUGCACCGCUGGCUGGAGGUCUUUCCGCGCGAACAGCUGCUGGUGGUCAACGGGGAUCGCCUCAUCGAGGACCCGGUCUCCCAGCUGAGGCGCAUCGAGGUGUUCUUGGGCAUUGAGCAUCGUGUGAAGAGCGAGCACUUCUACUUUAACGAGACCAAGGGAUUCUACUGCCUGCGCUACGACAAUGGAGAUCGCUGACUGCGCGAGACCAAGGGCCGAAAGCAUCCGCAUGUGGACCCGGCGUUGGUCUCCAGGCUGCGUAGAUUCUUUGCCGAAUACAACCAACGCUUCUACGAGCUGGUGGGCGAGGAUCUCGGCUGGCCCGAGGAGUAGGCGCUGAAGAAUUCAUAACUGAGAAACAUGGACUGAGGGACUCCACCUUUGAGUGCAGUGCGAAGUGCAUCAUCACCAUCCCAUCCGAUCCCAGCAAAUAAAUCUGCCAGCCAGCGGUCAAUCCUUUGGACCUCUGGUGCAGCAAUUUUAAUUACCGGGGAGCAGAAGAGGCAGCGGCAUCAGAAAAAAAAGAAGGCAAAGUUUACCCGUUGUAUAUUUUGCGGAGUUUCGCGAAACAUUUCUGCCUGGCCGGGUCCGCACUUGCGGAGCCUAGCAUGCAGCCAUCAAGCGACCCAGCCACCCAGCCACACACCCAUCCAAGUGCCCUGACAGUUUAAUUAUGCGCGCGUAUUGAAAAAUUGCAUUCCCAUUUCCCGCCCUGCCUCCCCAUCGGCCCCACGCAUGCAAAUUUGCCUUCGCACUAGAGAAAGGAAAUGAGAAAAAGAACAAGAAGGGAAAAAACACUGGAAAUAUAGUGUACUGUACGCAUUUCGAUGUGCAGCAGGCCAUGAAAAUGUGAAUGAUGCAACUACUCGUAUAUAGUCCCUCAGAAUCACAUAUCUGAAGCCCAUAUACACAGCGUCUAUAUAGCGAAAUAAAAGCAAUAUCUACAUACUAUACAUGAUGUUCGAAGGUUACACGUUUUGUACGUCUGUUUAUGUGUGGAUGUGUGCCAGCACCUCUCUCUCUGCCACAUGCGAGUGUUUGUGUGUACGAGUGUCUGAGAGCAUAAAAAUUAAUUAAGCAACUGAAUGUGAUUUUAUAGCAUAUAAGCAUAGACAAAUUGAAAAUGAUUGCAACCGAAAGAGAACGAGAAAGAGAGAGAGAGAGAGAGGGUGAGGCAAUUAGAGAGAUGAGGUGAGACAGUCAGACAGUGGAGGUAGGAAGGCCCCACUUUGAGGAAAUUAAAAAUGUAUUUAGACUAACAGUCGGCUGAAUUAAAAGUGUGCAUAUGGAAACAACCACAAACCUAAACAUAUCAUCUAUAUAUCUAUGUAUAUAGAGUACAGUACUAUAUACAUAUAGUAUGCUCGACAGGUAGACAUAUACAUAAUGCCAUUUCUACGUCAUGAUACAUAUCGGUAGCUAAAGCAACCAUGAAAUCGAAACAUAUCAGCUGCAAUCGUCAGCGCAAAUAUACACAACAAAUAUACAUAUAUACAGAUAUAUUAUUAUAUACAUACAUACAUUGUAUCUUAGCCUGUAAGUUGAGCAUCAAUUUUAUUGUAAAUUAUUUAGAUUUUGACCUAGUUCUUAGCGUGCGAUGUGUCAUUGGAAUCAUCUUAGACAAACUUUUAGCAGAAUAAAUACAUACCUAUGCCCUUAUCCUAGAUUAAUGAUGCACUGCCUAAACCAAAAACCAAAGGAAAAAAGUAUAGAGAUAUCUUUACAGAUGAGUAAGCUGCACCCACAUAGUGCGUAAGUUUAUUACAGAUAGUUUUUUAAUGCAUUUUUAGCCAGAUUAUUUUGUAUUCCUAACGAGCGAACUCUGCCUAUAGAUAAUCCUAUAAUAUACACAUGUAGUAGUUUAAGUUGCUUGAUGGCAACG